AUGGACAAGUGCCCAGGGUGCCAGGGGAAGGGCACCAGUCAGCUCUGUGUCCCCAACGCCAGCAGUCCAGCCACCACCACUAUCCCACAUGGCAGCACGGACAGCCCAGGAAUCUGCGGCCUGCGGGAGUCAGCAAAUGAAACAUCUGAACAUCCAGAGAUGGGUAAAGAGGAUGCAUAUUCAGAAGUGAAAGUGAAGGUGGACUACUGUGAUACAAUGAGGAAAGAGGAGAGAAAACAUCCAUCUAAAGGAAGGAGUCAUUCUGGUCUUUUACAAGGUGAAAAUAGUAAUGAAAUUCCGCUACAUGAAAAAAUAUACAUAGAAGACAAUAGAAAUGAGGGGACUGCAAGUGAGGAAAAUUUUUCUAACAAUUCAGAUGUUAACAUGCACUUGAAAACUGGUAAGAGAGAGAAAAAAUAUAAAUGCUUGGAGUGUGGAAAAAUCUUUAGUCAACGUGGAAACCUUACAAGCCAUCAGAGAAUUCACACGAAGGAAAAACCGUAUCAAUGCAAAGUGUGUGAAAAAAGCUUUAGUCAACAGGGAAGCCUUAAAUACCAUCAAAGAAUUCACACAGGGGAGAAACCAUAUCAAUGCCCAGAGUGUGAAAAAAGCUUUACUCAACAUGGAAGCCUUAAACUUCAUCAAAGAAUUCACACAGGGGAGAAACCGUAUAAAUGCUUGGAGUGUGGGAAAAGCUUCAGUGUGAGAGUAAGCCUUACUGUCCAUCAAAGAAUUCAUACAGGUGAGAAACCAUAUAAAUGUCUUGAGUGUGGGGAAAGCUUCAGUAUGAGAGCAAAGCUUACUGUCCAUCAAAGAAUUCACACAGAGGAGAAACCAUAUAAGUGCCACGAGUGUGGAAACAGUUUUAGUCAACAUGACAGCCUUACAGAACAUCAAAGAAUUCACACAGGGGAGCAACCACAUAAAUGCCUGGAGUGUGGAAAAAGCUUCCAUCAGAGUGAAAGCCUUACGCACCAUCAUAGAGUUCAUGUAGGAGAAAAUUCUGACAACAACAACAUUCAAUUUAUAUGCCCCCCUUCAGGACAACUUAACACCCACUCUGAGCAGCUUACUAUUGUUAUCCCCUCUCAGAGUGUUAUUAUUAUGCCCCCAAUAACAAUCACCCUGAAGGACAGGGAGCGGCUCCCCUCCACCUCCUUAUACGCUCCGGGAAUCCGGACUCUCUCCCAUGAACUCUCGGACCGAAUCCCUCCAAAAUUGCAGAGGGGACCCCCCCUCUCCUUCCCCCCUCCCGGCACCGGCCAGGCGACGCCUUUGCCGAAGGAGAAGCCGGAGGAGCGCGAAGCUGCCAGUCCCCAGCCUCCGACGGGCAAGCGAAGCCGGGCAAGAGUGGCAGCGGGGGGCGGCGCGGGGCUGGUGAGGUCACUUCCUGCCGUGCCCCCCUCCCUCCGAGGCCUGAGGCCGUUGCUUUCCCGCAGUAGCACCUGCUGCAUCCCAGGCUCGUCUGGUAGCAGCACAAAGACCCCCUUGGCUGCUUCUCUCUUGUCUCCUCCGUGUGGUGAAGGGGAAAGACCAGCCAUGCAGCCAGCACAGGGCCGGGUGUCCUUCGAAGAGGUGGCUGUUUAUUUCACCCAGGGGGAGUGGAGCCUCCUGAGCCCAGCGCAAAGAGCCCUGUACAAGGAAGUCAUGCUGGAGAAUUUUGGGACCGUGGCCUCUCUGGGGCCUGAGGUUGCCAAGCCUGACCUCAUUUCCAGGCUGGAAGGAGAAGAAGAGCCGUUUCUCCAGAUCUCGGAUGCAGAAGAGGGAUUGGCAGACAGCCUGUGGGGGUCAGCAAAUGAAACAUCUGAGAGUCCAGUGAUGGAUAAAGGGGUUACAUAUUCAGAAGUGAAAGUGAAGGUGGAAUAUUGUGAUACCCCAAGUGAGGAGGAGCGAAAACAUCCAUCUAAAGGAAGGCGUCACUCUGGUCUUUUACAAGGAGGUCUGUGGGAGUCAGCAAAUGAAACAUCUGAGCAUCCAGAGAUGGGUGGAGAAGAUACAUAUUCAGAAGUGAAAGUGAAGGUGGAAUAUUGUGAUACCCCAAGUGAGGAGGAGGGAAAACAUCCAUCUAAAGGAAGGAGCCAUUCUGGUCUUUUACAAGGUGAAAACAGUCAUGAAAUUCCGCUACAUGGAAAAAUGUACAUAGAAGGCAAUAGAAAUGAGGGGACUACAAGUGAGGAAAAAUUUUCUAACAAAUCAGAGGUUAACAUGAAUUGGAAAAAUGGUAAGAGAGAGAAAAAAUAUAAAUGCCUGGAGUGUGGAAAAAUCUUCAGUCGGAGUGGACACCUUAAGUCCCAUCAAAGAAUUCACACAGGGAAGAAACCAUUUAAGUGCCUGGAGUGUGGAAGAAGCUUUAGUCAAUAUGGAAGCCUUACAUGCCAUCAAAGAAUUCACACAGGGGAGAAACCGUAUCAAUGCAAAGUGUGUGAAAAAAGCUUUAGUCAAUAUGGAAGCCUUAAAUGCCAUCAAAGAAUUCACACAGGAGAGAAACUAUAUCAGUGCCCAGAGUGUGAAAAAAGCUUUAGUCAACAUGGAAGCCUUAAAUGCCAUCAAAGAAUUCACACAGGAGAGAAACCAUAUAAAUGCUUGGAGUGUGGGAAAAGCUUCAGGGUGAGAGUAAACCUUACUGUCCAUCAAAGAAUUCAUACAGGUGAGAAACCAUAUAAAUGCUUGGAAUGCGGAAAAGCUUUCGGUGAUAGCAGAAGCCUUACUUGUCAUCAAAUAAUGCACUCUGGGGAGAAACCAUAUAAAUGUCUGGAGUGUGGGGCAAGCUUCAGUAUGAGAAGAAAGCUUACUGUCCAUCAAAGAAUUCACAGAAAGGAGAAACCAUAUAAAUGCCUGGAGUGUGGAAACAGCUUUAGUCAACAGGGAAGCCUUACAGAACAUCAAAGAAUUCACACAGGGGAGAAACCAUAUAAAUGCCUGGAGUGUGGGAAAAGCUUCCAUCGGAGUGGAAGCCUUACACACCAUCAAAGAAUUCACGUAAGAGAAAACUCCGCUAACAACAACAACAUUCAAUUUGUAUGCCACCCUUCAGGACAACUUAACACCCACUCUGAGCAGUUUACUAUUGUUAUCCCCUCUCAGAGUAUUAUUUUUAUGCCCCCAAUAACAAUCACCCUGUGAGGUGGGUGGGGCUGAGAGAGCUCCAGAGAGCUGUGACUGACUCAAGGUCUCCCAGCUGGCUUCAAGUGGAGGAUUGGGGAAUCAAACCCAGUUCUCCAGAUUAGAGUCCCGCACUCUUAAACACUACACAAAACUAGCUCUUUGUGUGCAGUGUGGAAAUGUUUUGGUCAGAGGAGAAAACAUUCCCACCAAAGAAUUCACAAAGAGGAGAAACCUUAUAAAUGCUUGGAGUGUGGGGAAAGCUUCUGUCGGUGGGAAAACCUUACUCGCCAUUGAAGAAUUCACACGGUAGAAACCAUUUAAAUGUGGGGAAAGCAAGCCCAGGUGUAGCUACAAUGAUCAUUAGGAGCCAAUCCACUGAAAUGCUCCCCACAAAUGUCACUUACAGUAACCAACCACUGAACUGGGGUUCUAAAGGAAAAUUCUAGUCAACACCUGUGUAGCUGACAGGUGUGCCUGCAUGAUGGUUCUCCAACGCCCUUGGCCCUUUUUUCCCUACCCUUCAAGACUGUUGUAACAGAUAUAGCCAGAAAUAUAGGGACGCAGUUCAACUCUUGAGCCCUUUCUAGCCUCUGGACACUGAUAAGUGAACUCGAUUCCUGCAUGCGGUGAUAUCCUCUAUGAUUUUCCCUUUGCAGAAGAAUGAAUGGACAUAAAUCUGAUAUUAGAAAUCACAACACUCAUAACCAAUGGGAGAACAUUUUAAUCUUCCAGGACAUUCCAUUGCUGAUCUAAAAGUGGCUGUCCUGAAAUAGAGACCCUUCAACAGGAGAUUACGACAUAAUACUGCAGAAAUAGAGUUCAUUCAGAUUAAUGGACACCCCCCACCACCAUCCAGGGCUGAACAGAGACUUGGGAUUCUUAUUUCACUACAGAUGCUAAUUUCUGCUCUAAUGAGCUGCAUUUUACCUUUGCAUCCUGAUGCCCUCUUUUGUAACACUCCAUCCGCCUUUGGCUUUGAUAUAAAGGCUUGGAGAUCUCCAUUCCUACUUGUGUCUGAAAUAGGGAGCUCUGACUCUCGAAAGCUUACACUCUGGAAACCUGGUUAGUGUUGAAGGUGCUCAAAUAUUGCUAACCCAUAUCAGUAUAUCCUCAUCGCCAAGUUUCAAACCUACAAAAUAAUCAACACAUGGUACAUAACCCCCCCAAAACUAUCUCAGAUCUCUUCCUCAUCUUCACUUGUGUCUGAAAUAGGGAGCUCUGACUCUCGAAAGCUUACACUCUGGAAACCUGGUUAGUGUUGAAGGUGCUCAAAUAUUGCUAACCCAUAUCAGUAUAUCCUCAUCGCCAAGUUUCAAACCUACAAAAUAAUCAACACAUGGUACAUAACCCCCCCAAAACUAUCUCAGAUCUCUUCCUCAUCUUCACUUGUGUCUGAAAUAGGGAGCUCUGACUCUCGAAAGCUUACACUCUGGAAACCUGGUUAGUGUUGAAGGUGCUCAAAUAUUGCUAACCCAUAUCAGUAUAUCCUCAUCACCAAGUUUCAAACCUACAAAAUAAUCAACAGAUGGUACAUAACCCCCCAAAACUAUCUCAGAUCUCUUCUUCAUCUUCACGUAAUUGCUGGAAAAACUGGAGAGGAAGAGAACUUUGCCCAUUGCUGGUGGAGAUGUAAGUAUAUAGAAUUAUUCUGGAAAGAGGUGCUAAAGGAAAUCCGAAAAAUAAUAGCGUAUGAGACUCAGAAAUUGUCCUGUUGGAUCAACGGGAUAACUAUCAGGCCCAUAUUCCUACAUUAAGGAGAGACCUAAUAGCCACCUUAUCGGUAGCCACGAAGAGCGAGAUAGCUACUUUUUGGAAAUCUAAGGCAACCCUCUCAAUUGACAACUGCCAGACCAAAAUUUGGGACCAUUUUAUAUCAGAAAAAUUAUGUGAUAAAAUUUAUCAAAUAGAACACUUCCCUAGAAAAACCAAUUUUAUGGAUAAAUGGUUUCCCUUUUUUGAAUACCUUGAAAGUAAUAGCUCUUUACCUGACCUAAAAAUUUUUCAUAUAUAUGCAAAUGUAUAAGUCAUCUGUAAGUUCCACACUAUGUAUGAUGGGCUUUAUAAAUACUCUCUCCCAGUAUUUGAUCAGAUAUAAUCCCUUAUACUGUAAUAAGCUGUAUUUUGUUUAAUUGUUAUUAGUAUGAACUUCUUGUAUGUUGUAUUGUCGAAGGCUUUCACGGCCGGAGAACGAU